AUGAGUCUGGAGUGGAAGCUCCAUGAGGCUCUGGAACGUCUGAGGAAAGUACAGGAAGGAGAGGCCUGGAAGAAGCUGGAAGUUAGUGAAAGGGCUCCAAGACUUGCUCCUGUGCAGCUGCCAGAACCAGUCUCCUUGGAGCUGAAGACAGAUUGCCAUGUGCCAGGGCUAAGAGAGAUUCUAAAGACAUAUGCAGCUGUACGUAUCAGAGAGACCACCCUCAGAUCCUUGCUGUGUAUCAGUGUCCUCAUGUCCGAGGACAGAGAGAGCAUACACUGUGGAGACACUCAGCAGAAUCUGCUUGACAAUCCUGAGAGAUUUUACCACGAUAACAUUGUCCUGGGCAGCCAGUACAUCUCUUCAGGCCAGCACUACUGGGAGGCAGAGGUGGGAGAGAGAUCUGAAUGGGGCCUGGGAGUAUGCAAUGAAAAUAUAGACCAGAAGGAAGUGCUCUGCUUAUCCCCAGUACAUGGAUUCUGGGUGAUAUGGCUGAGAAAUGGAAGUGAGUACCAGGCAGGCGCUGAUGAAUACCCCUUCCUGUCCUUGCCAGUCCCUCCUCUCCGGGUGGGAGUCUUCCUAGAUUACGAGGCCUAUAAUAUCUCCUUCUAUAAUGUGACUGACAGUGGCUCCCACAUUUUCACUUUCCACCAUCCCUUCACUGGGCGCCUCUUGCCCUAUUUGAGUCUUUGCUACGUGAUUGGUGUCAACAACACUACUCCUCUGAUCAUCUGUUACCUGGAUGGUGAGGACUAG